CAAACAAUAGCUAACACAGGGACACAAGAAACUCGCCGGUGGUGCCUGAACGAAAUACAAACGAUGGGAAAGAAACACAAGAAACACAAGUCGGAAAAACAUGCAUAUGAAGAAUACGCAGAGAGACCACUCAAACUGGUCUUGAAGGUGUCCGGCAAUGAGGUGACCACGGGGAGCUCCAGCCGGGACACUUUUUACGACGAGCAGUCGCCGGAAUGUGAUAAAGGCAAAGACAAGAAAAAGAAGAAGAAAAAGGACAAAGAGAGGAACUGCGGCACGCCUGACAGUGACAAAGGAAAGAAGAAGGUGAUCAAAAAGAAAAAGGGCCACGAUAGGGAUGGAGAAGAUGAACGGGAUAACUGCAGGACUCCCAUCAGAUCGGAGCUGGAUAAACUGGAAGCAGAGAAAGAACUAACUCCUCUACAGGAAGCGCUGAACCAGCUCAUAAGACAACUCCAAAGGAAGGACCCCAGUGCGUUUUUUACCUUCCCAGUGACAGACUUGAUCGCGCCAGGCUACUCAAUCAUCAUCAAGCAGCCCAUGGACUUCAGCACCAUGAAAGAAAAAGUGAAGAAACAAAGCUACGUGACUUUGGAUGAGCUCAAGGCUGACUUCAGGACAAUGUGUGAGAACGCCAUGGUGCACAACAAGCCUGAAACCAUUUACCACAAAGCUGCUCGCAAGCUGCUGCACUCGGGGAUGAAGAUUCUCAACAAGGAGCGUCUGGAGAGCCUGAAGCAGAGCAUUGAGUUCAUGUCCGGUCUGGAUCCAUCUGACAAGGCUGCAUGGAAUCGCCAGGAUCAAGGGGCGGCUUGCUUGGUGACCAAAAGAGAAGCCAGCACGGAGGGCAGUGAGCGAUCGCAGACGCCUGGCACACCCAGACCAGACAAGGAAGCCAAGGAAGAAGGGGCAGAGAAAGAGCUUGAGAAAAUUCGCAAGGUAAUCGAGGAGUCCAGGGGGAAACUGUCCAACCGAGUGCUGCAGUGCGACUUGGAGUUUAGCAGGCAAAGGCAGUCAGAUGGCUCCACCACUCUGGCGUUUGUUAACCCAGCUGAUCCGUCAGCGGGAGAGGCGGGAUACUGCCCUAUCAAACUAGGCAUGAUGUCCACCCGCCUGCAGAGCGGUGUGAACUGCCUGCAGGGCUUCCGCGAGGACAAGAGGAACCGCAUCACUCCAGUGUCCUACAUGAACUACGGGCCGUUCACGUCCUACGCGCCCGUCUACGACUCCAGCUUCUCCAACGUCGGCAAGGACGACUCAGACCUCAUUUACAGCUUCUACGGGGGCGAGUCCAGCCUGCAGGAGUCGGACAGCUUGUCGGAGUUCCUGUCCAAGUCGGGCGAGUAUGUGUACAAAAUGGCCGAUAACCUUCUGGACGCAAUGACCAACGGCGAGCAUUCAAAGAAGCUAAAAGAGACCGAACCAUUUGUGUGUGUCCAGCAGGUGGAGGAGCCUUCACAAGAGGACAAAGCUAAAGCAGAGGCAUUCCAGCCUGAUGCUUGGGGCUGCAGUGAGACGGAGCUUCCCGCUGCCGAGGAGCUUUCUGGAGCAGAUGUGCAGCAGAAACUGGACGAGACCACGCGGCUCCUGCGGGAGCUGCAGGAGGCGCAGAGAGAGCGUCUGAGCACCAAACAGCCGCCCAACAUGAUUUGCCUGCUGGCGCCGACCACCAAGGAACUAGAGCUGGCUGAGAGGGUGACGGGCAACCUGGCCGCGCUGACGGGCCGAGUGGCCCCACGUGACAUCAGCAGCAUUUGGGCCAUCAGGAAGGCCAUGGGCAUCGCGCUCCCUCUGGAGGCCCUCGUAGACCUCACCACAGUGCGGGAGACGGCGGAACCAAUGGACACCAUGCCAAGUUGUCAGGAUGCUCCGCCCAUUGCUGCAGUUUAACAACAUUUUUUUGGUACAAAAAAAAAAAUCCUCACUAUGUGACAUUUGAUAAACCUUUUAAAUUAACAAACCAUAUGCUUAUUGUGAAUAAUUUAUUCAGGACAUUUUGUUCACACGCAAGAAAAGGCCAAAUAUACAACAGUGUUAUUUAGAAUAUCCUCACACAAGAUAGAGGCGGUGUAAGGCCACACAACAUGAGUCAGUCCUGCUCAAGAAGCAACAUGCCUCACAGGUAAGAAAGUAGCAAGCAUGAUGAGGACACUCUGGAAAGAACUACAUGCUUGUUAACGACACAGAUAUACAGAUUGUCCCACUAAAAAUACUACCCCCAUCAAACCACAACUCUUGCUCAUUACACAGUAACGAAACUGACAAAAUGAUCCACAGACAGAAUCCAUUGUUGUUUUAUCGGCCACAAAAUGGUGUUAGUACAACACUUUUUCUUUUCAUGGUCAUUAAAGUACAAAAGUGACGGGUGUUUUUCCCUAUCACGUCCUCCAAGGGCCAUAAUAUAUUUUAACAAGUAAAUGCAACCUGGUGGAAAUGUGCGUAUUCACAAGUCCCCAAACUUGACAUGAAAUUUGGGUGGAAAUGUCUCAAAGACCCAUGCCUGGAAUUGAACAAAUUAUCCAUUUUGAUUUGACACACCCAUUUUGUUGCAGGACUUGCACUUUGAACUACUCCUCCUAGAGAAUUUACCCAAACGAGCCCCAAUCGCAAGCAGGUAUCUUUGACACAUGGGCGACACUAAAUGCACUAAUGUGUGCAGAACAUGGUAUAAUACGAGAAUAAUAAACUGGCAAAAAGGGGUCCUAUUAUCAAUCAAUUUUAUAAUACUUAUCCUGUUAAGUGUUGCGAGAGCUGGAUCCGAUUCCAGCUGAUUUUGGCGAAAGGCAGACGAGACCAGUCAAUCACAGGGCACAUCUAAGACAGAUCAUUAACAGUCACACAAACACCUGAACCCAUGGGGCAGUCAGUCAGGCAACUGUACCACUACAUUAUCUGCAAAGUCCCCUUUUAUCACUUUAUUAUUAUUAUUCACAAACCUAAAUCAUCUUUUUUUUUUUAAACAAUCAAAAUUUCACCAAAUUUUGCAAACAUUGAUCAAGGCAACAUAUUUUUGGAGUACCAGCAUGGAUGUUGAUGACAGGACACACCAAAAUCAAUGAAGAAAAUGUACGGUACUGUAAACCCCGCAGAUAGUUGGCCAUUUUUGUUUGAAGAUAGAGUUUUUCAGGUAUUUUGGCCAUUUCCAGUUUGUUUGAAGCAAAGUCCAUUAUGAUCGCAUCCAGCGCAGUGACACACUGUAGUUCCUUUAUUUCCAGCACACCCCGCAGGACCACAUCUGUAUUACAGUCACUCCUUGGGUGGUGGGCGUGUAAACACUGGGCUCGCGCCUACACGCAAGCGUCGCAUUUUCCGAGCGUGAUCUCCUGGCCUCAACUGAGGCCCAUGCCUUGCUGCUUGCUCGUGUCUGUGCACACAAAGAAGGUCUUGAGCUCGCCUUUGCCUUUCACACUGAUGAAGCCGCGACACUCGCACGAGUAUCCCAGCCUGUGCAGCACGUCAGACGUCUCCUCCGUCACCUGCCAGUCAACACGCAGACCAUUAAUUCAAAAUUUGCUUUCCUCUGACUUUUUUUUUUUAAUGACACUUGUGGUGUGAGGCAACAGUCUACAUACGUUUAUAAUCAUUUUAAAAAUAUAUAUUUUACAGUGGUAACUAAUUUUUACAAUAGUCUUGACAAUUGAGACGAUGCACAGGUUGCGUGAAGUUUUUUAAAGACGCACGCAGAUGGCGAGCUGAACAUCAACACCACCAGCCAACUCUGCAGUAUGCAUUUUGCGACUGAUUGUUUUAUAAACUUUCACCAGAGACAAUAUGGCUUCGUGGGUCACUUUUACUACCAUUUUCACUUUCGUCAGGUGUCCAUUCACAAUUGACUGAAAUGUGGCAGUAACAAAAGAGUUGAUCUUGGUCGUACUUGUAUCUUUCCCAGCUGGCCGGUGCUCUCCAUCCUGCUGGCCACGUUGACCGUGUUGCCCCAGAUGUCGUACUGAGGCUUCCUGGCGCCGAUUACGCCGGCGAUCACGGGACCGUGGUUAAUACCUGCAAUUACACAAUGAAACAAAGAAAACGUUCGCAUUCACCACGAUGAACAGAUCUGCAAAAACUGCCGCCAUGCUCCGGUCACAAGCAAUGUCCAAAACUCAAAUGAUAUGCAAUGUCUAGUAUACGUCAGUGGUCCCCAACCUUUUUUGCACCGUGGAGCAGUUUUAGAGUAGGCAUUCCCCCCCCCUCCCCCACCCCCUUCAUUCAUUGGUCAUUCCUUCCAUGCGGCCCGGUAACAAAUGCCUGAUGGACCGGUACUGCUCCGCGGACCUGGGGGGUUGGGGACCACUGGUAUAAACGUUUCAAAUUUGGAAGGACUCAGACAAAACCUCUUCAUCAAGUUCCUUAAAAUGGCAGACUUCCCGUGUCUUGUCAUGGCUUCAAGGCUUUCUUGCACGUGUACUCAUGAGAGACAUGCCUACCAAGUUGCAUGUUGCUAAAUAUUCAAAGGAGGCAGAAUUAAAAAAAAUAUAGACAUAUCCAGGGUGCACUUAGGAUGUAAGCACAUUUCGUAAAAUGGCUUUAAUUCCUAAAUGUUUAGUGCUGUGCUUCUAUGAAAUUUCUUAUUGUUGAAAGGGGCUUCGGAUAUCACCUCAGAAGACAGAAAGUUAUCGCGUUGACUUUAUACUGCAUUUCCGUGUUGGUGCCGUUUAUAUAGGGCAGCUACAGAAAAAGUGAAAAUUACCGUCUGCGUUUAAGGGGCUUCGGCUACUACUUCAGAAACCCAACAAUUGCAGGAUCGGCUCUGUCUGUUUACACAGAAAAAGGAAGAAAAAUGCACAUUUUUCAAUCUUCUGACACUAACUCAGACGACGUGGCCUUCAUUCCCCCAUUGUGUGUUGAAGCCCUUUUUACAGAACAGCUACACUAAAUAAAAAAAUGGUGGCGUUUGUAAAGUGGCUUUUUAUACUACUUCACAAAUUGGAAAUACCCUCAUUCUAAUUGGUGCUGUUAAUACAGAACAACUGCACAAGGAAAAAGGCAGUUAAAUGAUGGCUUUUACAGACAGUGUGAAAGGAAAACAAAUCAAGUGCCGAAUUGUAAAGUGAUGAUGAAAUUCGGCAGUGUGGAAGUCACGGGAGCUUAGCAAUAUUGCCAAGUAAGAUGACAUAAGCUUUGCUGUACGCACACGCACACACACACACACUCACUCGCUCUCUCUCUCUCUCUCUCUCCGAGGUUUGAGUUGUCGAGAUACGCACACACUCACCCACGCGCAACUUGAAGCUGUUGAAGGAAUGUCGGUUGAUGCCGUCCAACUUGCUGACGAGCGCGACCGCAAACUCCACCAUGAUGCCGAUCUGGGCCUGCUGACGCUCCCGGUCCUGAAACCGCACGGGUGCGAUCAGCAUGACGCCGCACAUUUGGUCACGAAGGAAUGCCAGAACCAAAAUGUUCUGGACAAAUAUCUCUCAAAAGUUCUCAAAAUUUACAUACAGAAAUUAAUUCCAGCAGAAGCGUUUGCGAAUGCUACAAGAUUAACUGUAAAGUGCCACCGGGUGACAAUAUCUCUUCAUUACAUGUCUGUCAAGUGUUUUCAGAGGGUGAGUAGUUUUACUUGAUUCUAGUUUUAUUCGGAGUUAAUAAGCUUUACACGAUCAGGAGUUUUGGGGCCGAUCUGCGAGUUUUAAAAAAACGAUAACCAAUGAUAUCAGAAGAUGGAGCAAUGUGUCUAUUUAAAUGACUUGUUCAUUUACUGUAUACACUUAUGCACUGUAUACUGAGUAUCUUCAAACAUAUUCUCUCAUCAGGUCACAUAUUCUAAUCAGUCAGGUCAAACCAACAUUACAACAUGACAGAAAUAAUGGGUGUUAGCUUACUGUAAUUAAAUUAUUGUAAUUAAAUUACUUCACACACACCAAGACCUUAGAGAAUGAUUCAACAGAACGCUGGCAUGUUUAUGUAGAACCGUUAGUACUAGCACUAGCUUAUUAGGCUGCAUAACGUUUUGUUGGCUACUUGUGAGCCGUAUCGUAUUAAAAGUACUUGAACAUACCUCAAGCAAUCCUUGAACGAACGUCUUCUCCUAGCACCGGUGACCACCACCGCCAGACGUUUUCCCCCAUUUUGUUCUUUUUUGACCAACACAAUACACACGUGAUCCAUUGUUGUUGUCGUGGCCGUGGCAACGAGUUUAUCCGGUCGCGUUUGAUUUGACAAAGCCCAGUGAUCGUAAAUGACGUCAAAAGGCAUGCGACAAUAAAAAAAUUAAUUAAAAUAAAACUAGCUUUUAGAUUCAAAUAUACUGUACACGACGGCGACACGGAGUAAAUGCCUUUUGGGGCAAAUUAUGACUUUAAAGCCGGUCAGCCAAUCAGCAUAAAAUGCUAAUUAUCGGCCGAUACCGAUCAAGCCGAUCAGAUUGGUGUAAAGUCUAACAGUUAACUUUUUGUUUUAUUGCAAUUUUUCAUACUUUUAUCUAUCCUAGUUUUUCUUAUUUUCAAUUUUUUAUUCUGAUUGAUUUUAUUUUUCUAAUUGUUUCAAAUCACAUUUUUUGUUUACUAAUUUUGUCUCAUUUGAUUAUGAAUUUCUCUUUUUAUUCAUUUGUAAUUUGUUCCUUUUUUCUUAUUUUUAUUUAUUCAUUAGUUUUUCCUAAAUUGUUCAUCAUCAUUUCUCAUUUUUUUAUUGUCAUUUUCUCAGAUUUUACUUUUGAAAUUGUAUUUCUGUUCUUUCACUUGUAUUUAUGUAUUUUUAAUUAUUAUUUUUCUUUUUCUUAUUUUUUGUCUUUUGUCUCUAUUUGCCCUUACUUUUCGUUGCUUCAGCUUCCCUUGUAUUUCUCAUUUUUAAUUUUAUUAUUGGAUUUGUUUAUUUUUGUAACUUUUUUUUUUUCACCUAUACUAUAUUGUAUUCUUUAUGUAGCAGUUCCUCCACUGUGUGUGUAAACGGAACCCCUGACGCCCUCUUCAGCCACUCCACCUGAUUGUUCUCCUGACCGGGCGGUCCGCUGAGGCCCGCCGCCGCCAUGUACGUGCUACCGAUGGUCUUGAUCUUCUCCACGCCGCUGAACUUGGGCUUUGACAGCAGCUGUCGGCAGAACAACGGGAUCGUCCAGUCAGGCGAUGAUUCAAUUGCGUGUUUAUUUAUCGUACGCAUGGAUGCUGAGGGACGGCGGUACGCCGUUGGCGAACCUCGUCGAAGUCGGCAAUGAUCUCGUUGAGGAGCCUCAGGCACUCCAGGCCCUCCUUGUUGAUGUCGCACUCGGUGUAGAACUCUUUGAAGUCAGGCACCGAGGCAAACAUCACGCACACGCAGUCGUAAGACUUGUAGUAGAGGUCCUGGUAAGGGCCGGAAAAAAGGAGAUUUCAGUUCACUGUGCAUCUGACUUCAUGAGGGUGUUUUGCUUUGUUUGGGUGUGUGCGCGCUUGCGUGAUGCCACCACAGAAGGGCUACCGGCAAUAGCUAAGAGGAAAAGUUUAGUGAUAUCUAACCCUAUAACCCCUAAAAGAAGAAGAGAAUAUACACCAAAAUCUUUAUGUGAAUAGACUCACCACCCAGGUAUAAGCACUAUUCUCCCUUUGAAGUACGGAAUUUAUUGUUUUUACUUUUAACAAUAGCCCCUUUCUGGCAGUUUAGUGCAUUUUUCGUAUUUUUUUUAUUAUUACUUUGAAUUUCUCAUUUUUAUAUUUUUUCUCAUUUUAAAAGGAGAUGUAUACCUUGUUUUCUUCAAAAUUGUGAAUGUUUCCAAGGCUUUCAUCAAAAUACAAUAGAACUUUCAUGUAACCUUUCUGGUAAUCUGGCACAAUGUUCUUUUUUUAAUUGUAUUUUUCUCAUUUUCAUUUUUAUUUAUUUUUAAUUAUAAAUAAGUUUUGAUCGUA